GAUGUUAGGUCUUCAUGUAGGCACCUUGAUGAUCUCCCUGUUCCUGUGCAUCCUCCUGGAACCUGUUGAGGGGUCUCUCAUGCAGCCCUGUCAGCCCAUCAACCAGACUGUGUCUCUGGAGAAGGAAGGCUGCCCAACGUGCUUAGUCAUUCAAACCCCCAUCUGCAGUGGCCACUGCUUCACCAAGGUACAAUCUAUACAGUGGUUUAGUAUCAUCUGUAUGUACUAUGCAGGUGUUAGUAUAAUCUUAUUUAGCUAGGCCUUAUAACUUUCUUAUAUUGACACUGUGUACACCAAGUGUAUCAAAGACUAGAAACAGAACCCCUAAUGCUUAAAAACUAAAGAAAACAUUGAUCUACAUUUACCUUUCCUCCUGUGUAUUAAUUUACCAGGAGCUGGUUUUCAAGAGCCCAUUUUCCACUGUGUACCAGCACGUGUGCACCUACAGGGACGUCCGCUAUGAAACGAUCUGCCUACCUGACUGUCCCCCUUGGGUGGACCCUCAUGUCACCUACCCUGUGGCUCUGAGCUGUGACUGCAGCCUCUGUAACAUGGACACUUCCGACUGUACCAUUGAGAGCCUGCAGCCAGACUUCUGCAUGACUCAAAGAGUACUAGCGGAUGGUGACAUGUGG